GAAUCACGUGACCCUUUCCCAAGCGGAGUUUCCACGACAGCUGGAAGCCGAGCGGCACGGGCGCACCGCUUCUUUGCUAAAGAUUAUAGCAAAUAACGCGGCUUCUGCUCGUCUCACCACCUCCAGAUAAACCCUGGUCUGGCAUGGGCGACAAGAGGAGUCCCACAAGGCCGAAGCGUCAACCGAAGCCCUCCGACGAGGGGUUCUGGGACUGCAGCGUGUGCACAUACAAGAACACGGCGGAGGCUUUUAAGUGCAUGAUGUGUGAUGUCAGGAAGGGGACGUCAACAAGGAAGCCUCGACCCGUCUCCCAGCUCGUCUCGCAGCAGCAGGUAACGCAGCAGUUCGUGUUGCCCCUUCAGCCCAAAAAGGAAAAGAAGGAAAGAGUGGAGAGGGAGAAGAGCGACAGAGAGCCGGCGCUCAAGAAGAACAGCCACAAGAAGAUGAGGCCGAGGUUAAAAAACAUCGACCGGAGCAGCGCGCAGCACCUGGAGGUGACGGUUGGGGACCUGACGGUCAUCAUAACGGACUUUAAGGAGAAGGCCAAGCCGUCGUCGGCCCCGGCGACGGCGUCCAGCACGGCGUCCACGGCCGACCUCCACAGCCAGAACGGCUCCAGCUCGGAGAACACGGAGAAGGGGCUCUCCCGCUCCUCCUCGCCCAGAGGGGAGGGCAGUUCCGUCAACGGGGAGUCCCACUGAGGCGCGCCGCCCCCCCUCAUCCGUCCCUCCUCCCACCCACCCACCCUCGGCCUCCAUGCACAUCUCAUCCGUAGGCCCACACGUCACAAGGGGCCCUCACUACACCCUGUUGCAAUUUCAAAACUUUGUGACCAAAUGUCACCUUUUCGAGAGGUUUAAAGAUUAAGAAAAGUGAUGUGAAAGAGCAUUUGCUCCGCGUUGGAAGACUUUACUGAUCUACAUCUUUACCUGAACGUUUGGUGCUAUCAUAAAAGAUCCCGCAAGCUUUUCCAGACAUUGCUCUCGGAAAAGUUCCCAAUGACUAAGCGGUUUGAUUCUGACAAAGAACUUCCUCAGAACUGAUGUGAGACGUGUCUGAAUAAAUGCUCCAACGAGCUUUGCGGUUUCCUUCGGAUGCAUCUGCUCGUCGAGGCUUAUUUUCAUUUCGGCCCUUAUGUGCAGUGACAGUCCCAACCUCCACAUCCCCUUCAGCGGAGGGACAUACCGCAACAACCCCCCCCCCCCCCCCCGACGCCCGCCCCCCUGCGGAGCCGUCAACCUUGACCUACCCGAUGUGAACCCCAAGCACACAUUUCGCCUUCUGUGUCUCCACAUGGAACCUUCUGCCUCACAGACAACCUUUCGCUCCUGCUCUCGACUCCUCCAAGCUUGUACUAGUGGACUGCCUCUUGCUGUGGGGGGGGAAUAUAUUUUUUGGACACAGCUUAGCGGAUGUACUCCUGGCACCACGCAGAGUUUUUGGAGGGUGGGGGGGGGGGGGUAGUAAUGUUUGGAGCGGGUUGAUUCCUUCAGGUAAUGAUUGUUAUGUCCGUAUAAGGGUAUCGGGCAGGUUUUUGAUAAAAGCCCUCUUUUGAAUGGUGCAAGAAGGUAUAGUAUAUGAUAUUAAAAGGAUAAUACCGGUGUUUUUUUGUCUGUUUGUGCCAUCGUCUACUUCUAUUACUCCUUUUGGUUUCCUUAUACGGUCAUGCAUGUGUUGAGCUACAUUCAGGGUUUUGUUCUUGCCACCCUUCCUUUUAAACAGUACAAAAACCAAUUUAUUGCAUUAAGUGAUAUUUUUGCAGCUAAUGCCGCUUUGUGAUUGACGGUCAAUCUUGAAAGGUGGUUGAUCGUUCCGUGAUCUGUCACCUCACUGACAAAAUGUCCCACACAGUCGGGAAAGUCAAUCACACGGCCACCACAGAAGAAGAUGCAAACAAGGCAUCGGUUCUGCACACAUCUUUGUUUCAAGGAAGAGUUGUUUUCUUUAUGAGGACUUGUCAACCAAACAAGGACGGCAGUGAAGGGAUUGUAGCUGGAAGGCACGCCGGUAUUCUCAUUUUACAAAUCUCUGCUGCGCAACCAGGAGGUGCCUACGCUGUUCUGCCUGCCCCCCCCCCCCCCUCCCUCUGUGUGGACCCAGUUUGGACACCGCAUGGUGCUUUUAAGACGCAAAAAGGAGCUUUGACUUCUGGACACGUGAACGUGCCGCGCGACGGACUUCAGAAGCGGCUUAAAUUCCUCUGCAAAGUGUGGGGGGAAGCUUUAGAACACACAGAACCCCCAGCAGAGCCACCACGGAUCGACCCAACUACACACUAACUUAUGAAACCUGUAGAUUAAUACACAGAGGAAAUGGAUAUUUCUAAAAUAUUGUGCUACAAUUGUUUUGAUGUGGUUGUAUUAUCCAUCAUAGCAGUGUUGUUGUUGUCGAGAAUUUUACGUUUUGACAUUUUUAGCACAGAUCCUGAGAAACGGUCACGGCAUGAUGAUUAUAUUACGGUCUCGGUAUAUUGUGGGACAGGCUCUUUAGUUCGUAAAGCAUCGUUCUAUGUUUCAGAGAUGUCAGCGGGCCAGCGCACUAGCUGGGACUAGCUGCGUGGGCCUGCGACAACCCUUUCCCACAGAUGUCCGUUCUUUUGGCCGUGGCAGAUCACAGGAAGGACUUAAAUAUAUGUUUGGUUGUCACUUGUUAAUCUUUUUUUUUUUUUUGCUUCAGUUGUUUUAAAAUGUGUAAACUUGUUUAUUAUAUGUCUGAGUAAGAAAAUC